AUGAAUGCGAUAACACUUCCUUAUAAUUCGAAUGACGCUCAUAUAUGGACUCAUAAAGAUCCCGAUCUUCAGUUGAUAGAGCCAAGAAUACUUGCUUCCAUUAAUAGGAACUAUCUCGUGUAUGGAAGAAAAGUCGGUCGUCCUUCCCUGAACCACCAAGUGACAAUUGUCAAUCACGGAGAACAUCCUAUAGCAUUCAAAGUAAUGACCACCGAUAACUACGCGUACUUUGUCAAUCAGGUAUUUGGAAUAAUUCCUGGACGACAUCUUCAUGCGUUACCUCAUGUUCGUGCCCCGAAUCAGUUCACUCUACAAGUAAAUCGAAGGCCAUAUAAUUGUUUCUGUGAUGAACAGCAACCUUCUCACUGGAAUACGCCUCGCAAAGACAAACUGUUCAUUCUAUUGGCAUCCGUAUUCUCAUACAGCAUUCCUCCUGCAGCUGUCUUCCAACAUCAAGGAGCUUAUGAGAAACUUCGGAUUUAUGUUUCCCUGAUUUUCAAACGCUUCCGAGGUUGGUGCACUUGGGAUUUGGAGAAAAAAAAGGAAGGUUCUUGUGAGCCACUAGGUAUGAAGAAGGAGGAAGCAAAAAACAUGAUAAUGAACAGAGAGUGUCGUAUUCCCCUCACUUUCGAGGAGAUUCCUGAGCCGCCUCCAAUGGAGCUAUCUAAAAAGAAGAAAACGUCCAAAAAGGAUAAACACAAAGCAAAAAUCGCGGAUGUCAAGAUGCAUUCUUUCCCAGCCCUUCCUGUCGAAACGCAGCUACCUUCUGAGCGUCGAAGAAAAUUCACCGGCAAACUUGGGAAGGGCAGCAUGCGGGACGACAAACCAGCAAUUUCACUUACUGCUCAUGUGCAGAACGAAGUCUCCAAGAUUAUCGUACCUUCCAAAUCAGCAAGGAGGGACAUUUCCGGAGAUAUUCCCAAAAAACUUGCAACGACAGAAAGUGUAAACAAGACCGCAAGGACUCAAGCGUCUAAACUGGAUCUUGAAGGUUCUCAGCAUCGAAAGCCAUCGUCUGAACGACAUAAGUUGGGCAAGAGCACUAUGAAAGAUCUUAAGAAUUUGAUAUCCCUGAAAUCACAAAUGAUUCAUAGCAAAACUAGUGCUUUAGUGAAAUCUGCAGAAGGAAGGAAGCCAAGUCCAUCUCAGGUAAAUAUAGCUUUACUUUCGAUACAUUACUGCUCUUUAUUCAAGUUCAUUUUUACGUUGCCUAUAUUUCACAGAGUCGCUCUUCGCGUCACUGUAGUCGUCGCUCGUAGUUUAUACGUUGUUGUGCCCCUUCGGAGUAGCAACACAGCAGCAAUAACCCGAGUACAGAGCAGUAGUGUUUCGAAAGAACGUCGUAUCGGACGCCUAACUCUCGCAGAGCUUGUGCAAAAGUGUGGCUCCUACGCGGCUUUGAAAUUUGCAAAUCUCGGUCAGAAAUCGGCAAAUUGUAUGCUGCUUGGCUAUCGUUGCUGCAAUUUUGGUGCAGUGCGCUACGCAUCAUCUUCGCAGUACUAUGAUGCAGUCGUGGUCGGUGGUGGAAUGGUAGGCAAUGCAAUGGCAUGCGCAAUGGGUCAAAAUCCCAAACUGAAAUCAAAGCGUAUUCUUUUGCUGGAAAGUGGAAGAUCCACGUCUUUACCGAAAACACCACCUGAGGAUUACAGCAAUAGAGUGUCUGCAGUCGGACCUGCUUCUGCACACUUAUUUAGAAAAUUGGGAGUAUGGGAUAGAUUGCGUGGUUACAGAGUGAAGAAGGUGAAUCGUCUCCGGGUAAUUGAUAAUUGCUCACGUGCAAAGUUGGAGUUUGACUCACCUAUAAGAGACCAAGAGGUUGCUUACAUAAUUGAGAAUAAUGUGAUCAUUGGAGCACUGUACGAUAAGGUGAAGGAUGCUUGUCCCUCUGUGGAAAUCAGGACUGGUGUUACUGUUAAAAAAUGUAGUGUGCCGUCAACGCUUAACGAAAUCGCAACUAUUGAGCUGGACAACAGUGAAAAGAUAGAGACUUCCUUGGUUAUUGGAGCCGAUGGUGCACGUUCAAAGAUCAGACAGGCCAUGAAUGUAGACUACACUGCCUUCAACUAUGAUCAGUGUGGAGUUGUGGCGACGCUCGUGGUUGAAACUCCUGGUGAAAAUGACGUGGCUUGGCAACGUUUCUGCCGUACUGGACCAAUCGCCUACUUGCCAUUAACUCGAACGCUUUCUUCUUUAGUAUGGACAACUUCAUCAGACGACGCUCAAAGGCUGUUGACUUUAACGAAAGACGAGUUUGUUGAUGAGCUGAAUCAUUCAAUGUUCACAGAAGAAGAUCAAAAUGACUGUGUUAAUAAGUCACUCUUCGCACUGUCAAGGCUACCUCUCAUCUCUAGGGAGCAUGGUCCCACUCCACAACCUCCUCAUGUUGUUUCAUUACAAGGCGACACUCGAGCUUUAUUCCCUCUGGGUUUUGGACAUGCUCACACCUAUGUGCACCCUCGUGCAGUACUAAUUGGUGAUGCUGCACAUCGCAUUCAUCCGCUAGCUGGACAGGGAGUAAAUCUUGGUUGGCAUGACGUCAUGGUGCUCAAUAGUGUUCUAUCUCGUGCAGUUACAGACGGUGGAGACAUUGGGUCUGUGACAUAUCUACGAGAUUUUGACAGCCAAGCUCAACGUCAUAAUCUCCCAGUUAUGGUGUCUUGCGAUUGGUUGAAUCGUCUAUAUCGCACAAAUGCGGCUCCCGUUGUGAUGAUUCGCUCUCUUGGUCUUGCUGCUUUCAACAGGCUAACGCCAUUGAAGGAUUUUCUCGUCAACCGGCUGUCUACGCCAGUUUGA